AUGUGUAUUAAAAAUAAAUUAGGAAGACCUAUAAUGUUUGAAGAAGGAGAUGACGAUUUUAUACGUUUCAAAAACUAUAAAAAUACUCAACGAAUCCCAAUUGUUAUAUACGCUGACUUCGAAUGUAUUUUAAACCAUAAACAGCCUGAUAAAUUCAUUCAAAGUUGUAAAAAACCAAAAACUCAUAUUACACAUUUACAUAAACUUAUGAGUUACGGGUUUUAUGUAAAAGUUGACUAUAAUAUUAUACCAAAAAAAUUAAUAAAAAAGUUUGAAAUUCCUAGAACAGUAGUAAUAUAUAGAGGUAAAAAUGCAGCAAAAAAAUUUAUGAAUAGUAUGAUUAGUAUAGGAAAUAAAAUACAUGAUAUUUAUAAAACUAAUUUACCAAUUAAAAAAUUAACUUUAAAAGAAGAAAAACAUUUUCAGAAAGCUAAGGUUUGUGAAAAAUGUUUAUUAUCUUUUAAAGAUAAUAAUUUGUUAAAAGUUCGAGAUCACUGUCAUAUAACGGGAAAUUACAGACGAUGUAUUUGUGUUAAAUGUAAUUUUCAGCUAACAAGCCCGUCAUUUGUACCAAUCUUCUUUCAUAAUCUGACAUAUGACAGUCACUUCAUAAUUCGAGAACUUGGGUGUAACGAUAAAGAUAUUCAUGUUAUACCCAAUUCAUCUGAAAAAUAUAUAUCAUUUAGUAAAGAAAUCGCACCAAAAUUUAAUAUAAAGUUUGUGGACACAUACCGUUUUAUGGCUGAAAAAUUAAGUAAACUAGCAAACAAUUUAUCCGAAGAUAAGUUGAGGUUUAGAGAAACUAUUAAAGUAUUUUCUACUAAAGUAUUAGAUCUAGUUACUCGAAAAGGAGUCUUCCCGUAUGAAUAUGUUGAUAGUUGGUGUAAACUAGAUGAUACUUUUUUACCUUCAAAACUUGAGUUUUAUAGCUCUUUAUCCGAUGAAAAUAUUACUGAUGAUGAUUAUAUACAUGCGAAAAAUGUAUGGAAAGUGUUUAACAUAAAGACAUUAGGUGAAUAUAGCGAUCUUUAUUUAAAAACUGAUGUGGUAAUACUAGCUGACGUGUUUGAAAAUUUCAGAGACUUAUGUUUAUCUACUCUUGAGUUAGAUCCUGCUCAUUAUAUGACUGCUCCAGGAUUUGCGUAUGAUUGCAUGCUUAAAUAUACUAAGAUCGAGUUGGAAAGGUUAAAAUGUCCUAAUAUGCUUUUGUUUAUAGAGAAUUCAAUUCGCGGUGGGAUAACCCAAUCAACUAAAAGAUUUGCUAAAGCAAACAUACCAAAUAUUGAAGGAUUGAAUUAUAAUUCUAACGAACCGAUUACAUGGUUAACAUAUCUUGAUUGUGUAAAUUUAUAUGGAAAAUCUAUGUUGACAGAAUUACCUUUUAAGAUUUUGAAUGGGUUGAUGACUUAA